AUGCCGUUCCGCGCCGCGGCCGCCUCCGGGAUUCCUCCGCCCGGCCCCGCUCCGCUCCGCUCCGCCCUGCCCCCUUGGCGCGAGUCGAGCGGAUCCGCGCUGCCAGGCGCCCAGCUCGGGUACGCCGCCUCCGGGGCACGGCCCCACCCGCAGCGCCUCCUUCGCAGGCGGGGAGCCGCGAUCGAUGACCUCGGCGGCUUGACAGCGGGGCCUGCUCGGCGGUGCGGAGCGCGACAGCGUCUCCCGGCAGCGCUGCUGUUGUCGCCGUUGCUGCGUGGCGGGCAGGCGGCGGUUGCGAUGGCGGCAGCGGGGGAGCUCUACCCACGGAACUCCAUCGAAGAUGACUUCAACUACGGCAGUAACGUGGCGUCGUCCAGCGUCCACAUCCGCAUGGCUUUUCUACGGAAAGUCUAUGGCAUUCUUUCCAUUCAAGUUCUUUUGACCACAGUCACAUCUGCAGUUUUUCUGUACUCUCCUGGAAUGCAGGCAUUUGUUCAUUCAUGGCCUGCCUUGCUUUUGAUAUCUGGGUUUGGAUCUUUGGCUUUAAUCCUGGCACUGAUUUUCUUCAGAUACCAGCAUCCUGUUAAUUUAUACUUGCUUUUUGGAGUUACUCUAUUGGAAGCAGUGACAGUUGCCUUUGCAGUGAGUUUCUAUGAUUUGUCCGUUGUCUUGCAAGCCUUUAUUCUUACUACUGCUGUAUUUCUUGGACUGACUGCCUAUAGCUUGCAGUCAAAGAGAGACUUCAGCAGACUGGGAGCAGGCCUCUUCACUUGUUUGUGGAUUUUGAUCCUCUCUUGUUUCUUGAGGAUGUUUUUCUACAAUGAGACAGUAGAGCUGGUGUUUGCUGCUGCCGGAGCUCUUCUGUUCUGUGGGUUUAUUAUUUAUGACACUCAUUUGUUGAUGCACCAAUUGUCCCCUGAAGAGUACAUAAUUGCUGCCAUCAAUCUCUACUUCGACUUCAUCAAUCUGUUCUUACACCUGCUGAAUUUACUGGAGGCAUUUAAUAAAAAAUAGUCAGGAGUGGUGGGUAAUUUGACUAUAGUUUAUAUGAAGUUAAGCAUUUGGGUGAU